UCUGUCUCCAAUUGCCCAAUCUUAUUGGUUAAUACGGUAAUGAUAAUGUUAGAGAGUUGUUUAUCUUAGAAAAUGACAUAAACAAUCUUUUAAAGUGACUAAAAUUAGAGAAACAACACUUUAUACAUAUAUGCAAUAUUGCGAAAUUCGUUCGCCUUUUGAAAAAUGGAAAGCAGCAAGCCGCCGACUAUUAUUUUAUUUAUUAAAUGGAGACCCAAAGCUCAUCCUCGCUGUUAUAUAUUCAUGGCCCUAGAAGUGAGGAACAAUAAACUGACCAACAUUGUCGAAGGGCAAGUGGAUUCCUCCUUCGAGUCAACUUAUCAAAACGAUCCUUCAAGCUUUAGUACAGCAAUAGUUGGAGGAAGAGACGGAUCUCUCGACAGUGAAUCGGAUAUUGCUUCGGGAGAAAAAAAACCUUUGCUUGGAGAUUCAAGGCGUCCUAUGGAAAAACUAGGCGAGACGGAACAUUCACAAAACAACUAUGAUGAUCCUGACUUUACAGCUGUAGUUCGUUCAGCUGAACAAGCCAUAGACUCUGGUGUUUUUCCGGAAAGAAUUUAUCAAGGAAGUUCUGGCAGCUAUUUUGUACACAAUAAAGAAAGGAAAAAAAUCGCUGUUUUCAAACCAAAAAAUGAAGAACCCUAUGGUCAAUUGAAUCCAAAAUGGACAAAAUGGUUACAUAAGACUUGUUGUCCAUGUUGCUUUGGCCGUAGUUGUUUGAUACCAAACCAAGGUUACAUGUCCGAGGCUGGAGCAAGUCUAGUUGAUCAAAAAUUAGCUUUGAAUAUUGUCCCUAAAACUAAGAUUGUACGAUUGGUCAGUGAAACAUUUAACUACACAAGACUUGAUCGUACUGUAGCAAGCUCAAAGAAACGUGCCGUUCAACAUUUUCCCGAUAUGAUUGGCAGACAUGUGAAACUUGGUUUACCACCUAAGGUUGGUUCUUUUCAGUUGUUUGUUGCUGACUAUAAGGACGCCGAGUAUCAUUUGAGAAAGUUUGAAAAUGAACAUCUUCCUAAAAAAACGUUGGAAAAUUUUCAGUUUCAAUUUGAGAAACUUGUUUGUCUGGAUUACAUCAUUCGAAAUACAGACAGAGGAAAUGACAAUUGGCUCAUUAAAUAUGACAAGACUGCUGUUAUUGCAAAUGAUAAAAUGGAUGUCUUAAGUGAAGAUGUAGAAGACUGGGACUUAGUUGAACCUCCAGAAAUUCACAUAGCCGCAAUUGACAAUGGUCUUGCAUUUCCAUACAAACAUCCAGAUUCUUGGAGAUUAUAUCCUUAUCACUGGGCAUGGCUGCCCUAUGCAAAGAAACCAUUUUCAGAUAAAAUACGGCAACUUGUUUUGGGCAAACUUGAAAACAUGCAAUUUGUUCAAGAAUUGGUGAAUGAUUUACAUAGUUUGUUUAAAGAGGAUCGUGGCUUUGAUAGAUCACUUUUUGAGAAACAAAUGAACGUUAUGCGUGGCCAGAUUCUUAAUCUAACUGAAGCGCUUCGUCAAACAAAAUCACCGUUUGAUCUUGUGCAACUACCGCCCAUCCUUAUUCAAAGGAAGAAAGUUGACAGACGUUCACAUGGCGAGACAUACACACAGAGCUUUCAUGAAAAACGCCCGUUCUUUUCAUGGUGUUAAAAUCGUUAAGACAUGCUUAAAGCGUUGUACCUGCCGUAAGAAAUGUCCUUCCCCUUGCGAGAUGAGAAUAAUGGGGAUGUAUUUUGAAAGGACGUUGAUCGCAAAUCCACAGAAACAUUUGGUUUAUUGAUAUCACUUUUUUGCUUGGAGAUUGUUUGGCUUUGCUAUUUAUUUUCCAACCAGAAAUGGAUGAAAAUGAUUAAAAUCUAUGAUUGAAAA